GCGGCGCAGCACAAGUUCGACGCGGCGGCCAAGCAGCAGACCCUGGACGAGAAGGCGCAGCCAAAAUUUUAUUAUCGGCCCGUCUCCGCCACUGACACGAAAAGCACCGCUUCCACGAUCACCCAGCUGUCCAGCGGAUCAGACUGGCUGUCCGGUGGAUCAAGUAGAUUGUCCAGUGGGUCCUCCAGCAGUGGUUUCUCCAGCGGGCUGUCCAGUGGGUCCUCCAGCAGUGGAGCCUUCUCAAGCGGGCUGUCCAGUAGUCCCUCCAGCAGUGGAGCCUUCUCCAGCGGGCUGUCCAGUGGGUCCUCCAGCAGCGGAGCCUUCUCCAGCGGGCUGUCCAGUAGUCCCUCCAGCAGUGCAAGCUUCUCCAGCGGGCUGUCCAGUAGUCCCUCCAGCAGUGGAGCCUUCUCCAGCGGGCUGUCCAGUGGGUCCUCCAGCAGCGGAGCCUUCUCCAGCGGGCUGUCCAGUAGUCCCUCCAGCAGUGCAAGCUUCUCCAGCGGGCUGUCCAGUAGUCCCUCCAGCAGUGGAGCCUUCUCCAGCGGGCUGUCCAGUGGGUCCUCCAGCAGCGGAGCCUUCUCCAGCGGGCUGUCCAGUAGUCCCUCCAGCAGUUCAAGCUUCUCCAGCGGGCUGUCCAGUGGGUCCUCCAGCAGUUCAAGCUUCUCCAGCGGGCUGUCCAGCAGUCCCUCCAGCAGUUCAAGCUUCUCCAGCGGGCUGUCCAGUGGGUCCUCCAGCAGUGGAGCCUUCUCCAGCGGGCUGUCCAGCAGUCCCUCCAGCAGCUCAAGCUUCUCCAGCGGUUCGGCCGGAGUGUUCCCCAGCAGCAGCCCCUUCUCCACUCGGGCUGCCCGCCUGUCGGGCGACGACGGCUUCUCCGGCGGCGCGUCCGGUUCCCCCAGGGCGAGCUUCCCCAGCGAGUCACCGCCUUCCUCCACCGGUUUCCUUACCGGCUUCUUCCCGUCCGUCAGCCCGUUCGGCUCCUCGGACACUUCCCCGUUCCGCUCGACCUCGCCGUCCUUCACGGACGACCACGACAAGGCCUUCGCGAGCUUCGGCGAGUCCUUCGGCGGCCACGACGACGAGGACGACGACGCGAGCAACCCGCGGGACUUCCGCGACACCAAAGCGGUGGCCACGCCCGGCGCCUCCAGGCCGAGGACUCGCAGCACGCGGUACAAGCGCAAGCGGCCCUACACGGCCGAGGGCAAGCGCUCCGCCAAGAAGGCCCCGCUGCGGAACUUUGACGAGCAGAAGUACAUCGAGCCUUACACGGAGAACCGCGCCAACAACACCGAGUACAAGUACUACGAGGACCACGGCGGCAACGACACGUACCGCGAGCAUCACUACCGGCACGUCGUCAACUACCACCACUACUACAACGGCACCGACAACACCUCCACGGCGGCGCCCUUCUCCAAGGACGCGGCCUACGCCUCGCUGCAGCAGGCCAAGAAGUACAACUACAACGCGGACCACGUGUACAAGGACGGCCGGUACAUCCCCAUCGUGCACAAGCAGCCCGCCAACCUGUCCGAGGGGGACUUCCCCGACGGGCCGCACGUCAAGCACCACUACUACCACAACGAGUACGAGCACGACCACCGCAACAAGUCGGAGGGCCCCACCGUGCGGCACCACUACCACGACAAGGAGGUCAAGAUCUUCUACCACGACCACCGAAACAAGAGCAACGGCGACAGCACCUACUCGUCGUACAGCCCCAGCAAGUACUCGACGUACAGCCCCAGCAAGUACUCGACGUACAGCCCCAGCAAGUACUCGACGUACAGCCCCAGCGAGUAUUCGACGACCGCCAACGCGGAUGAGGAAACCAGCAGCGACGGGUACUCGUCCUCCUCGGAGAAGCCUAUCGUGAAGCACCACCACCACUUCAAGGAGUACCACUACGACGACAGCGGACGCCAAGUGGACCCGCGCAAGUUCAACUACACCAACAAGUACACCAGCAGCAGCAGCCCCAACGAGGAGUCCGACGGGGACUCCGGCGGCGGCACCUACGCGACGGAGGAGUCCCGCGGCAACUACGCGGAGCAGGAGAGCGCGACGGACAGCGGCCACGACGAGGACGGCGACGACGUCCAGGACGAGGAGGACGCGACCCCCACCACCCGCAGCUACUACUACAACUCCAACCACGAAAACCACUACAGCAACUCAGGGCACCGGCCCCGAUUCGAGUCCGAGCCCGAGUCCACGACGCCGAGCAGCGACCGCUUCCCCGACCGGCCGAGCCACGGCCGCCGCCCCAAGUCCUACCUGGAGUCGUACUCGUCGUCCUCGUCGCCGGCCGGCGGCGGCUACUUCUCCAGGUUCCGCUCGGCGGCCCCGGUCAACGAGGACGACGCGCCGCGGUACAAGGGCGGCUACCGCUCCACCCUCGUGACGAGGGACGUGGAGGGCAAGCGGCACGGCGGCGCGGCGGGCCUCGGCCAGGCCAGGGUGUACGCCGACCACACGCGCAGCCUCGUCAGCAGGGGCAACAUCGGCUACAUCCUGGUGGACCCCCUGGGCGAGCUGCCGACCAUCCGCAUCCACGCCAGCCUGGUCAACUCGCAGCAAGCCGCGCACUCGGCGCCGUUCCCGCGGUACGCCCCCGCGCCUAGCCUCGCGCCGAGCCUCGCGCCCAGCCUCGCGCCCACCACCCCCGGCAGAGGCUUCCUGUUUAGCGACCCGUUCCACUCUGGACCCGUGGCCACCGCGCUGCGCAGGAUAGACCUGGCGGCCGCCGCCCCCAAGACGACUGCUAUGCGUUUUCAUCACUGUUUGGAAUUGUUGCUGUCUGGUGUGUCAACCAAGGGAAACCCCCAACUAUAG